AUGGCGGACUGGGAUACAAGCAGCAGCGACACCCCCCCGCCUCGUGCACGCUCAUCGAGCACCGAGGUACUGUCAGAGAUCAUCGCAGCACAACCACAGCCUGACGAUGCAACACACCUCUCGCUUCCAGGGGAGGAGUAUCUGGCAGAGGGAGAUGUCCAAGUUACCCAAGAGAUAGAGCGAGCUCGCCUUGGCUCGACUCCCCCACCCGCUCGGGUGUAUACCAGAACGGUCAACCUUGAGGUUGCCCACAUGCGGCUCCAGAAUAUCCUGGCCGCGGAUGACGACGAGAGCUCACAACGCUACUCUGUCUUCCAGACCGGAGAGGAAGUCGAUGCGGAGACGAGGAAGCUCGAAGAGCAAGUCUACCUCCGGCGCGAGAACAUGUCGAUCAACUGGCUGAAAGAACGCCAGGUCCCGCUCCUGUACGAUCCGAAGUUCAUCAAGCAAGUGCUCAAGCAUCCACACCGUUAUGCUGGCUUGGUCAGGCCGUUCUACUUGCACCCGCCCAUUGACUUUGACGCUCCCGAGAUCAACUUCUUCGAGCGGCAGUGCCUGCGCUUCGAGGAGUUUAGCCGCUGGCAAGGGUACAACCGCGGCCUGGGUCUGAUGGAAGAAAGACUCUUGAAUGAGUCGUACAAUGCGGCGCUGGUCCGCGAGGCGAAAAGCGCUCGCGAGUGGCUGCAGUUUAUGGCGGAUCCCAGUCUCGCUCACAGCGCUGGUCGGAAGGAGGAAUUCUGGAACAGACGCAAGGAGGAGAGGGAACUGCUGCGCGACGACAGAUGCUCCAACUUUGAAGAGUACCAGGCUAGCGUUUGCGCGCGCUUGGGUCGGAACGGCGUGCAGGUGCAUCGCGGCUUCGCUCUGCUAGCCGACUUUUGGGAGCAGGAUCGCCUGACUAUGUGGACAGAGUACCUCGCGUUCGAGCACUGGCACAAGGAGCAGUACGACGAUGACGUGGAUGAGUGGCGUGCCAAGCACGAUACCUCGUACGAGCAGCUGCAAGGAAAGGUAGCACUGCGCCCUCACGAAUCGCCUUCGUACCUGCAGACGGAAGUGGCCAAGAUGGAGCGCCGCGUCGAAAAAGAUCGAGCAUAUAAUCGGUUCGACAUAGCCUCGCUCGAGUUUGCGAGGGAAGAACAGAGGCGGCCUCGCUCCCAGAACCAGGAGCCGCAGUACGGGGCGCUCAGGCAAUGGACGCAGAAGAUGGCCGCGGCCCAGAGCGAGAUGAAGGCAUCCGAGACGGCCAAGAACUUGGUCGUGCAGCGCGAAAAGGCCAUCGAGGAGUACCUGCACGAGACGGCCACAUACCGCGAGGCGGUCGACAUUCGCAGCCGUCACGAUGCCCUGCUCGAGUGGACCAAGGACCGGUACUGGGAGAUCCGGGCCGACGCCGGUCACCUUGCAGUAGCUCGACGUGACCCAAUGGUUUCGUUUGGCCAGCUCCAAGAGACGUCGGCGGAGGCUGAAGAAGGGCAAGAGGCUGGCCAGAGGACCCAUGAUGCGGAUCCCGUGGCUCUGAGCGAGCAGCAAGCUGCUGCUGCCGAAGCCAAAGCCGAAGCCGGAGCAACGAGACACGAUGAUGAGGAGGACCGAUCUCGUCUCGGCCCAUCUUCGGAGGCGCCCCUGCCCACAGCCGCUCUGCAGACGCCUCCUGACGCAUCACCGCCUGUCUCGUUGCCCCCCGUCGUAUCGCCGUCCCCUGACGUGCCGCUACCUGUACCGCGUCCUGUUCCGUCUCCUCCAACCGCGGAAUCUUCAGAGGAGCCCGCUGCCGUGGAUGCAGCAUUGGCAGAAGCUCAGUCCAUCGGCCAACAAGCACUCGAGCUGGCCAGUGUGGAAGAAGCGGACGCACAAGGUCCUCUGAAUCGACCGUCUCCGGUUGGACAGUCAGAGCCAGCAGCACCCGCGGCCAAACCAGCCACUGAGGCACAGGAUCCCCCAGUUUCACAAAAUACUGGUGAAACUGGGGCAGCCACUCCAGCACCAACUGCUCCUCCCGGGCCGCGAAGAAGCGAGCGCAUCGCAAAGUUGCGCCAACUGGCGGCCGAGAAGAAAGCAGCGGCCGAGAAGAAAGCAGCGGCCGAGAAGGCAGCGGCUGAGAAGGCUGCUGCGGAGAAGGCGGCUGCCAAGAACGUUCGGGCAAGUGCUAAACCAAAAGCCUUGCCGAAGAAACGGCGUGCCGCUCCGGCCAAAGCCGCUGCGGCCAAAGCUGCUCCUGCCAAAGCUGCUACGCCCAAAGCCGCCCCGGUCAAAGUCGCUCCGUCCAACGCAGCCAGCCGGAAGCGCGGGCGCGGCAAGGCCGCCGAGGAGGACAAGGAGGCGCAGGAUGCAGAGCCGCCGGCAAAGAGAACCCGGCGGCGCACUGCAACGAAGUAA